AUAGCGACAACGGCAUCCGAGGCCGCCAUGAUCCCACCGCCGGACUCGCUGCUGCGGUACAACCCGCCGAUGCUCGUCUCCCGCCGCACGGAGAAGCGCUCCCCCGGGACCCCACCGCUGCAGGCGAGCCGCUCGGCGCCGCCCGCCCCGACAGGACCCGUCCCGCCGCCCAGCACGGCCGCCGCGGCCGGGAAGCAGACGCAGGAGCUCCUCAACGCCAUCCUGCCGCCGCGGGAAUGGACGGAGGACAACAAGCUGUGGGUGCAGGAGGUGUCCAGCACGCCCAGCACCCGCCUGGACGUCGUUCACCUGCAGGAGCAGCUGGACCUGCGGCUGCAGCAGAGGCAGGCGCGGGAGACCGGCAUCUGCCCCGUGCGCAGGGAGCUCUACUCGCAGUGCUUCGAUGAACUGAUCCGAGAAGUCACGAUCAACUGUGCUGAGCGAGGACUGCUGCUGCUGCGGGUCAGGGAUGAAAUCCAGAUGACCAUGGCUGCUUACCAGACGCUGUACGAGAGCAGUGUUGCGUUUGGCAUGAGGAAGGCACUGCAAUCUGAGCACGGCAAAUCUGACAUGAUAAAAAGAAUUGCAGAGCUAGAAGAGGAAAAGCGGGAGCUGGAAGCACAAGUGAGUGACCAGAAAGCUAAAUGUGAAGCUAUUGAAAAACGGGAAAAUGAAAGGAGGCAGAUAGAAGAAAAGAAACACACUGAAGAGGUGCAGCUCCUGAAAAGAACCAAUCAGCAGCUGAAGGCACAACUGGAAAGCAUCAUUGCACCAAAUAAGUAGAUUUUGUUCUUAUCCUCCAGGCAGCAUUCAGAAGAGCUGUCAGAGCAAGAAGUUUGCAAUUAGUAACAAAGAGUUGUCUUUGUAAAACAAGCUUGAAUUUUCACUUACCGGUAACUGAAGCAGCACAGUUGUGUUCUGUCCUUCUUUGUCUCUUGAAGAGUUGAAUUUCAAGAGCUUCAUUAAUUACUGCACCCUUUUUCAGUGCUGUCUCAGCAUUCAGCUCUUUGAACAGCAAGCAUGGCUGGGACUUGCCUGCUGGUAACAUGCUACAUGACCUUCAAAGCAAUAAACAUUUCUAUAUGCA